AUGCAUGACGAAUCUCCUUUUCCAACUUUUUGUACUCCACAGGUCAUAAGUUCGGAUUCGAGUGCAUCUGAUAUUCCGUAUUUAUUUGUUUUAGAUUUUGAAGAUGAUUCGAAGUCAUCUGAAAAGGACAGAUCGCUAAAUUGCGCUUCAGCUUCUAAAUCGUUAAAAUAUGUAUAUUUUGCUGAUGAUAUUGUAUCUUGUAUCUCUCUAUCUGCAGCUUCUCUACGUUGUGUGCUUAAAUUAUGCGAUGUUGAUAUAAAAUCUAAAUCUGUUUUUAGUGCUUCUCCAAUUUUUUCUGGGUCUGAAGUAUUUAAUGGCGGUCUUUCCUUCUUUGGUGGUGCUGGCCCAUCCGAGUCCAUCGAUUGA